CAAAUGAAGAACACGUAACACAAACACACAAAGUGACGGUUUCCAAAAGUCGAUGGUUUGAGUUCUGUGGUACUUGAUAAAUUGCGCCGUGAACGGUUGUUGCAUUUUUAAAUCCCGCUUCAUACGCUCAGUUCCUACAGUUUUAACCGAAGUAUUUGACCGUUAGUAUGCGGGUCUCCUUAACAAACGGACUGAAAAUGAAACUGAACACUAGUCGCUCGCUACUAUUGGACCUCGUUGAUGACAUCCCCAAUGACAUUUAGUUCUUGCUCUGCCACUGCUUAGUUAUUCAGGCUGUGUCAAAGUACACUAUUUAUCAAUCAGUUGCCUAUUUUUUACACGGUUUAUCAAAAUUUACGAUAAGAUAGAAGAUUACUGCAUGUAACGCGCUGUAAGCGAUUUGAAGCUGGCGUACAGUCACUUGCAAUUUACAAUCAGCAUUACUUUAUAACAAGCUUGACGAAACUACAACUACACAUAAUAUGAUCCGCCACACGGAUGUCAAAUAUUUCUAGGAACACACUUCUCUACGCAACAUCAAACAUCGAGCCGCAAACAUGUUACAAAAAUUCAAUGACUAUAAUUUAGUUUUUAUUCAGUUGUCCGAUUGAUACUACACUAUUUAGAUAGUGUCUGGCGAACUUUCAAAGUUGCAAAAGGAAUCGCCUGAAGGCUGAAGGAUCCGUGUUUUGGCGGCGAGUGUACCGCAUAGUUCCACCGAGUCAUGAGCGAUAUCACGGCCGAAAUCACCUUAUAUUAAGUGGAGGCGGCGGCGCAGCAUAACUGGUAGUGCGCUGCGAUUCAGUGAGUUAAUACAAAAUGAUUCAAAUACGAGUUAAAGAGGGUAUUUUAGAAGGAGUGGUGACAAACAAUGAGUACGGCGGCAAAAUCUACAGCUUCAAGGGCAUCCCUUAUGCCCAGCCUCCCCUGGGAGAGCUCAGGUUCAAGGCGCCUCAGCCACCGAAGUCUUGGCCCGGAGUGCGCGAUGCCACGAAGCUUGGAGACGAUUGCUAUCAGCACGACGCCUUCUUCGGUCUGCCGCCACAAGGAAGCGAGGACUGCCUCUACCUCAACGUUUACUCACCGAACGUCAGCCCCGCGCGACCGCUGCCUGUCAUGGUCUGGAUACACGGGGGAGGUUUCAUCAGCGGUUCUGGAAGCGAUGAUACAUACGGACCGGAUUUUUUAGUGAGACACGACGUAAUUCUGGUUACGAUAAACUACAGACUAGAGGUGCUAGGCUUUCUAUGCCUGAACACGGCUGAGGUGCCCGGCAAUGCGGGCAUGAAGGACCAGGUGGCGGCGCUCAGAUGGGUGCAGACAAACAUCGCUAGCUUCGGAGGGGAUCCUGACAAUGUUACCAUAUUCGGAGAGAGCGCAGGAGGUGCGAGCGUUUCUUUUCACCUUCUGUCGCCCAUGAGCAAAGGGUUAUUCAAAAGAGCAAUACAACAAAGUGGAACCGCUAUGUGUCCGUGGGCAACAAGUUUUAUGUUAAAAGAACGGUCGCUAGGACUAGCUAGAGAAAUGGGAUGUACUUCAACUAAUGAAAAGGAUGUGUAUGAGUUUUUUAAAUCGCAACCUGUCGAAGCACUCAUUAGAAAGAGCGUGCCGUUAACAUAUGCUGAGGCGAACAAGGAAUGUUCUCUCGUAGAAUUCUGUGUUACUGUAGAGCAACAAUUUAGUAGUGAAGAAAGCUUCAUGCCUGAUGACCCAAUUAAUUUAUUACAUAGAGGAAUACACGAGGGUGUGGAGGUGAUGAACGGCUACACGGAAGACGAGGGAGUGAUGAUGUUGGGACUCGGGAAUAAUAUCCACGACGUUUUUGUGCAGGCUAAAAAAUAUGCCGAAUAUUUUGUACCGAGAACUAUCGCCUUGACUAGUCCAAUAUCGGAUCAAAUCGAAGUAGGCAAAAUUUUGAAAAAACACUAUUUCGAUGAAAAAGAAUUAUCUAUGGAAAACAUCGAUUGUUUGUAUGCUUUUAUCGGCGCAGAGAACUUUAUAUAUCCUGCAAUCUUCUGGCAAAAAAAAUGUGCAAGUUUCUGCAAUAACAAAACUUUUCUGUACAAAUUUACGUGUAAAUCUGAAAGAAAUUUCUUUAAACAUCUAUUUGGAGUGGCCGACUUAGUGGGCGAGAAGACAGUGGCAUGCCACGGCGACGAGCUACCAUACCUGUUCCCAAUGCGGAGCUUCGGCGCGCCGCUCGACCGCGGAGCGCCUGCUUUCGGUAUCGUUUGUAACAUGACGGCGCUCUGGACAAACUUCGCAAAAUACGGAAAUCCAACUCCCGAUGAAAGUCUCGGCGCAAUUUGGCAACCAUACACUUUGAAGAGUCAAGACUAUUUGGAUAUCGGAGAAAAUCUAGUAGCGCGCGCCGUGCCUGACAAGGAUGACAUCGAGUUCUGGGAAACCAUUUACAAGAAGUACUGUCCCAAAUAUGCACCCUGAGCGCAGACCUCAGGAAAGGACCCUUUGUCCAAAGCUGGACCCAGCAAUACACAUGUUACAUUUUUAUUUUUAAUUAUAAUACACGUAUUUCUCAUA